CCCCACCGGGCCCCAGCCACAGGAGCCCAGCACCCCCGUCUGCUGCCCCGCCGGCCAGCACCCCCUGCCCGGCCCUGCAUCCUGUGCCCACUUCUCCUGACCCCUCGCCGCCACCCCAGAAGGCUGGAGCAGGGACGCCGUCGCUCCGGCCGCCUGCUUCCUUCGGGUCCCCACGCAAGCCAACGCCGACCCCGGCGCCCGCCUGCAGUCCUGCCCCUGGACACCGGAUAGGGCCCCACGCACAGGCUCCGAGUGGACAGCAUGGAGCUCAGCAUGCUCCCUGUGGCCCUUGGCCUGCUGCUGGCACUCUGCGGCCUCAUCCCCACAGGUCUUGCGGAAACAGUUCAUUGUGACCUACAGCCUGUGGACCCCGAGAUGGGCAAGGUGACGUAUACCACCAGCCAGGUCUCCGAGGGCUGUGUGGCUCAGAUCUCCAACGCUGUCCUCGAAGUCCACGUCCUCUUUCUGGAGUUCCCAGAGGAGGUAUCACAGCUGGACCUGACUCUCCAGACCGCCGAGGAAAAUGGCACCCAGCGCCGAGAGGUGCUUCUGGUCCUCAGAGUGAACAAGAGCGUCUUCCUGCGGCUCCAGGCCCUGGGAGUCCCACUCCACUUGGCCUACGACCGCUCACGGGUCAUCUUUCAAGAGCCACCAGGAGCCAAUAGCACCCAGCUGCCGCCUCUCGCCACCAAGAGCCAGGUCCUCGACUGGGCAGCUGCGAAGGGCCCCAUCGCCUCCGUGGCUGAGCUGCUUGACCCCCGCAGCAUCCUCCUCCGUCUGGGUCAAGCCCCGAAGUCGCCGGCCUUCUGCUUGCCAGAAGCCGGCCAGGACAUGGGCCGCACACUCGAAUGGCAGCCGCGUACCCCGGCACCGGUCCGGGGCUGCCGCUUGGACGGUGUGGCCGGCUACAAGGAGGCGCACAUCCUGAGGGUCCUGCCUGGGCCCAAGGCCAGGCCUCAGACAGUGACAGUGAAUGUGGAACUGAGCUGCACGUCUGGGGAUCCCGACGCAGUCCUCAUCCUGCAGGGUCCACCCUACGUGUCGUGGCUCAUUGACCCCAACCACAACAUACAGAUCUGGACCACUGGUGAAUACUCCCUGAAGAUCUUUCCAGAGAAGAACAUGAAAGGCUACCAGCUCCCAGACACACCCCAGGGCCUGCUGGGGGAGGCCCGGAUGCUCAAUGCCAGCACCGUGGCUUCCUUUGUGGAGCUGCCUCUAGCCAGCAUCGUCUCCCUGAAAGCCACCAGCUGUGGCCACCAGCUACAGACCUCCCCGGCACCAGUCCCAACCACCCCUUCCAAGGCCAGCUGCAACCCAGAGCUGCUCAUGUCCCUGCUGGAGCCGAAGUGCGCCAACGACUUCAUGACCCUGGUACUCAAGAAAGAUCUGGUGGCGGCUCUGCAGUGCACCCUCACGGGCCUGACCUUCUGGGACCCCAGCUGCCAGGCGAAGGACAGUGGUGACCAGUUGGUGCUGCACAGCAGCUACACCAGCUGUGGCACGGAGGUGAAGGGACACGUGGUCAGCAAUGAGGUGGUUGUCAAUUUCCUGUCAAGCUUGUCACCACAGCGGAAAAAGGUGCACUGUGUUGACCUGGAAGGCCUCUCCUUCCAGCUGGGCCUCUACCUCAGCCCGCAAUUCCUCCAGGCCUCCAGCACCAUGGAAUUGGGGCAGCAGGGCUUCGUACAGGUGAGCGUGUCGCCCUUGGUCCCCGAGCUUGAGCUCCAGCUGGACAGCUGCUACCUGGAUUUGGGGCCUGAGAUGAAAGGAACUCAUGAAAGAAUCGUGGAACUCAUCCAGGGCCAGGCGGCCAAGGGCAGCUGUGUGAGCCUGCUGCCCCCUGGCCCUGAUGGGGACCCGCGCUUCAGCUUCCUCCUCCGUGGCUACAUGGUUUCCCCACCUACAGCCGGCACCCUCAGCUGCACCAUAGCCCUGCAUUCCAGGACCUUGUCCCAGGCAGUCCUCAGGACCGUCUCCAUGCACCUGAACAUCAUCAGCCCUGACCUGUCUGGUUGCACAGACAAAGGCCUCCUCCUGCCCGCUGUGCUGGGCAUUGCCUUCGGCGCCUUCCUCAUCGGGGCCCUGCUCACGGCCGCGCUCUGGUGCAUCUACUCCCACACGCGUCCCCUAGGCAAGCGGGAGCCCGUGGUGGCGGUGGCUGCCCCGGCCGCCUCGGAGAGCAGCAGCACCAACCACAGCAUUGGGAGCACCCAGAGCACCCCCUGCUCCACCAGCAGCAUGGCGUAGUACCCAGCGUGGAGCACAGGGGCCCCCAGCCAGCCCGCACCUGGCAAGAGAGACUGCGCAGCCGCCAGCUGGGACCCGCUGGCCAUGAACUCACCCCGGGACCACAGCCCCUCCAUGCGGCCAAGGAUGGAGCAUGCCCUCUGCACCUGCCCUGCCCGCCUUUCUUAGAGGCCUGCUGCCAGCGGGGCACCAGCAUGGAGCACCUUGGGGUCCCCCCACCCCACUCCCUAGAACUUUCAGCUGCAGUGGAUCUGGGACAUGGCUGCCCAGGACCACAGAGAGAGACGGCUUCCCUGUGUGUCCCUACUGUUGAGGGCGACAGGUCUAUCAUCUGCUCCCAGUGCCAGCCCUGGACAGCUGGGCUGGGUGGGAGGUGAGAACUUGAAACUGACCAGCCUUGCCCACCCUGCUGGCCACGCCUCAUCUGUGGGAAUGGACGUGGGGCCAGCCCAGAGCCGCCUGGAUCUGGUCCCAGCAGCCUCCACACCCGGACCGGCAUAACUUUGUGGGAGAAACAGAGGCUUAGGGGUGCUUAGAUGGGACUCAGAGCAGGGAAGGAACAGCGGAGGUAGAGGAGCCCAGCUCCUCACUGCAACUGCCACACGGAAGCCCCCUCCAGCCCACUGGGCAGGCAGCAGGUGGGGAGAGGCCACACCCAGUGUCCUGGGUCCACCCCUGUAUAUUCGCCACCAAUAAAUCAGACCAUGAAACCA